GUGGUAAAAAUGGUGCAGAAAUACCAGUCCCCAGUUCGAGUCUACAAAUACCCUUUUGAGCUCGUCAUGGCAGCCUAUGAGAAACGCUUUCCUACAUGCCCAGAGAUCCCAGUCUUCCUGGGGAGUGAAAUCCUGCACGAAUCCAGGAGUGAGGACGGAGCCAUCCAUGUCAUUGAGCGAAGCUGCAAGCUGAACGUGGAUGCUCCCAGGCUGCUGAAGAAGAUUGCAGGGGUGGAGUAUGUCUUCUUCAUCCAGAAGAACACAGUGAACUGGAGAGAGAGAACGCUCCGCAUCGAAGCCCACAACGAGACCUUUGCCAACCGGGUGGUGGUCAGGGAGACCUGCAGCUACUCAGUUCACCCUGAGAACGAGGAGUGGACCUGCUUUGAGCAGUCAGCCUCUCUCGACAUCAAAUCCUUCUUUGGCUUUGAAAGCACCGUGGAAAAAAUUGCCAUGAAGCAGUACACCUCCAACAUCAAACGGGGCAAGGAGGUGAUCGAGCACUACCUGAAGGAGCUGAUCUCCCAAGGGAUCACGUUCAUCCCGCGCUGGAGCCCUCCCGCGGCGAAGGAAGAGCGAGCCCCGGCGGUGGGGCGGGCCCCCGGUGACAUCCUGCUGGAUUCUGGGGCUGCUGGCACCAGCAGGGAGCCGGCUGCCAGCCCCUGCCCGCCCCCAGAGCCUGCCAGCCCUGACGCUGACAAACUGGAUGCUGAUUACAUCGAGCGCUACCUGGGCCAGCUCACCCCGAUGCAGGAGAGCUGCCUGAUCCGCCUGCGCCAGUGGCUCCAGGAGACCCACAAGGGAAAGAUCCCCAAGGAUGAGCACAUCCUGCGGUUCCUGCGCGCCCGCGACUUCAACAUCGACAAAGCGCGGGAGAUGCUGUGCCAGUCGCUGGCCUGGCGCAAGCAGUACCAGGUGGAUUUCAUCCUGCAGUCCUGGAGACCCCCAGCCCUGCUGCAGGAGUACUACACUGGGGGGUGGCACUACCAGGACAAAGAUGGGCGGCCGCUCUACAUCCUCCGCCUCGGCCAGAUGGACACCAAGGGUUUGGUGAAGGCCCUGGGAGAGGAAUCCCUGCUGCGACAUGUUCUGUCCAUUAAUGAGGAAGGACAGAAGAGAUGUGAGGAAAACACCAACAUCUUUGGCCGCCCCAUCACAUCCUGGACCUGCCUGGUGGACUUGGAAGGGCUCAAUAUGAGGCAUCUCUGGCGGCCUGGGGUGAAGGCCCUGCUCAGGAUCAUUGAGGUGGUGGAGGACAACUACCCUGAGACCCUGGGGAGGCUCCUGAUUGUGAGAGCACCACGGGUCUUCCCUGUGCUCUGGACCCUGGUCAGUCCCUUUAUCAAUGAGAACACACGGCAGAAGUUCCUCAUCUACAGUGGCAAUAACUACCAGGGCUCAGGAGGGCUGGUGGACUAUGUGGACAAGGAUGUGAUCCCAGACUUCCUGGGAGGAGACUGCAUGUGCACUGUCUCAGAAGGAGGACUCGUCCCCAAGUCCCUGUACCAGUCUGAGGACGAACCGGAGAACUCGGAUCACAUCCGGCUGUGGACAGAAACCAUCUACCACUCUGCAAGUGUCCUCAAAGGAGCCCCACACGAGAUACUUGUGGAGAUCCUGGAAGGGGAAUCUGUCAUCACCUGGGAUUUCGACAUCCUGAAGGGAGAUGUGGUGUUCAGCCUCUUCCACUCCAAACGAGCUCCUGAGCCAAGUCACAAAGAAGCCACAUCACCAAGUCCCUCUGGUGCAGGGGACAAUGUGCAGCUCAUUGACAAGACCUGGGUGCUGGGGGUGGAUUACAGCCGGGUGGAAUCUCCCCUGGUCUGCAGGGAAGGAGAGAGCAUCCAGGGGUCCCAUGUCACGCGCUGGCCUGGCUUUUACAUCCUGCAGUGGAGGAUGCACGGGCCCCUGCCCUGCUCCAGCUCCAGCCUCCCCCGCGUGGACGAUGUCCUGGCCUCCCUGCAGGGCUCCGGCCACAAGUGCAAGCUCAUCUACUACUAUGAGGUGCUGGCCUCCAAGGACUUCAGGGGAUCCAUGUCGAGCCUGGAAUCUUGCAACAGUGGCUUUUCCCAGCUGAGUGGAGUCACCACAUCUUCCAGCCAGUCCCAGAGCAGCUCCCACCUCUCCAGAUAG